UAUAUAUUUUUUAUAAUAUUGUUUGAAUGAGUACUUUUAAUUCGUAUUUUUGUUUUAUAAAUUUCGAUAAUUUAUUCAUCUUUAUACCAUAAAAAUGGCUAAAUGGGGAGAAGGUGAUCCACGUUGGAUUGUCGAGGAAAGACCUGAUGCAACCAACGUUAAUAAUUGGCAUUGGACUGAAAAAAAUGCAUCACAUUGGUCAAAAGAUAAAUUAAAAACAUUACUGGAAGGUCUUAUAAUUGAAGAAAAUGGCUUGGGCCAUUGUAUAAUCAAAGAGGUCAGUUCAAUCGAUGGUGAAGCUGUUGCUAAUAAUCGCAAAGGUAAAUUGAUCUUCUUCUAUGAAUGGAUUAUCAAAUGCACAUGGAUUGGAGUGCUAAAUGGCGAUGCUACUGAAUAUAAUGGAAAAUUGGAAAUUCCUAAUCUAAGCGAAGAAAAUAGUUCCAAUGACAUUACUAUUGAUGUAUCAAUCGAUGAUACGAAUAGUGCCCAGGCUGAAAUUCUUAAAGAAUUGGUUCGCACCAAAGGUCUCCAUAUCAUUCAAGAUAGAAUGAAACAAUACAUUAUAGCUUUGCGAGAUGAAUUUGCCAAGGAUAUGAUAAAACCAACUAAAUUGACGGAAAGUGGUAGCAUCAAUUCAUUCCAAACCGAAGCCCAACUUAAAGAAAAAGCCAAAUCAGAACUCCAUUCUUCUAAACAAUCUGUAUCGAAAACAGUCAUAUCAAAAAAAUCGGACAAUAGUCAAACGGAUGUUAAAAUCGAGACUACAUCACUCAAAUUAAUUGAAAAUUUUAAAUGUACAGCGGAAGAAAUAUACAAAACUUUCACUGAAGAAGUCUUUCUUCAGGCAUUCACUAGAAACAAGGUUAAAUGUGAACCGGUUGUUGGUGGUCAAUUUUCGUUGAUGGAUGGUAAUAUUGUUGGAAAAUUUACUCAUCUUGAACCAAACAAAUGUAUUCGACAAUUUUGGCGACUGAAAAGCUGGCCAGCUGAACAUUAUUCGCAAGUCGAAAUCCAAAUUGAACAACAAAGUGAUUCGACUAAAAUCAUACUUGUUCAAACUGGUGUACCGAAAUUAAAUGUGGAUAAUACAGAAGAAGGUUGGAAGAAACAUUAUUUUGAAAGUAUUAAACGUACAUUUGGAUUUGCCGCUUCUUUCUAUUAAGUAAAAAUCAAAAAUUUUCACUAU